UUUCGUUAUGACCCUAGAAGAGGUGGUGAAAGCGAUACGUGCCAAUCAGCGUCUGAUGGCGGAGCGAUUAUUGAAGGAGGAAUGGUUAGCUGCGAGCGAUCCGACUGAGCUGUUUUAUCGAUUGAUUAAAAAUGGAAUGGUAGAGGUGUUGAAGUUACUCCAGGAAAUGAAACUUUACAGUGAAUGGGAAGUUUUCCGAUAUGGUUCUAAUGUGGUGAACGAAUUGAACGUGAAAAAUGUAGAAAUUCCCAGUGAAAUGGAGGUGUACUUGUUAUACAUUUUAUCGACGUAUGGUUUUCGAAAUUUACGCGGUGAUCCAGCUUCAGAAAAGCCUGCCAACUAUUGGGAGGACUCUAUAAGCAAAGUGGAAGAAUAUUAUCGAAAACUUCGACAACGCAAAAAGUGGUACGAUUAUCUAGAUGUGGAUGAUGAAGUCAUAUUUCAACUGCGCAUUAUUCAUAACCACUUGUACUUUAUCAAGGACCAUGAACUGAUAAAACCGUUGCCAUUGAGAGAAAUGAUUUUUUGCUUGGCUUUUUUCUUGCAAGUCUGCCGGAGGGAACCGAAUUGUGACAUAUACGCUACUAUCAUCAACAAACGCAAAGUUAUGCAGUAUUUGAGAGCUCUUGUAUCACGACUUGUGGCAAUCAAGGUAAAAGCGAACAACAAACCGAAGCAGAACCAUAUGUUCAAGCGAUUGAGAAAAACUUAUCGUAAAGCAAAACCAAUUCAUUCAAUUUUCAAAGUUUUACAGAGUGGCAAACUAAGUGAAGAAUUGGUUCUUCAGAAUCGCGCGAAUGUGGCCACAGCCAUUGCGUCCAUGAAACGUUUUUCGCAAAUUUUGGGAGAGGCCACUAGUAACAUUGCCCACUCGCCAAACUUCUCGGCUAGAUUUUCUGAACUUCUGCCAUAUGAACACACUAGUUCUCAGAACACGGAUCGAAAGUAUCGCAAUGAGUCGACUCAUGGGUUUCCACUUCUUCAGCUGUGGGCUCGAGAGGUGGAUUACUUUCAUUUAUUUGAUCACAUGCUUGGAUAUCUUCGUACAGUCAGCAUCUCGUUUUUAUAUAUUUGGAUCUACAUUUUGGACAACUGCAUACUGCAGUUCCAUGGAACGAUGAGACGCUGUCGAACGGUUGAGGAAAUGCAAGCUUUUGUACGAUACGCCGGAAGCAGUCAAAUCUUGAGCCUCCACCAGCGAGCUUCUCAAGAUGUCGUAAAACAUCUCGGCGAACUGCGUCAAAUUUUGAACGAAACGGGUAGUAAAAUUAUCGCCUCUCUAUAUGAGAAGGAAAUUGAACGGAUUAAAUCUAUGCAGCAAGAGCCGAUUUGUUUUUCUUUCGUUCCUGUCCAAAUAGCGGCCUUUGGUGAUGCCCCGAUCGAAGCGAUCUACCGGCUGCUGAACUUGAAGCUCAACAUACAAUAUAAUGAUCAAAUGUCAUGGGAUUGGAAACAGCUCAUCAAGUUAGUAACAAUCCGUCCAGUAUUGCAUAAAAUUGCGAAGCCAUUUUUGAUACCACGUAAUUUUUAUGAACCGGAAAUGAAACGCUAUCGGGAAAAAAGUCAUUCGAUUCUCAACCGUUUCGCCAGUAACUUACGUUUGGAUGAUGAGUUGCUUGGUAGACUGGAGGAAAAGCUGCAUAAUGCCCUGUCCAAAAGGUACUAUCAACAUAUUUUUGCCUUAGAUUGUAAAGCUCAAGCUAUUCGCGAUUCGCUGAAAUUGACACUUGUGGGGACCAAGGCAUCGUUGGAACUGCGGAACCCAGUAUCCAAACAGCAAACUCGGGAAUUCAAACAGCGCAAUCAGGAGUUUAAAAAUAACCUAGAAGUAAUGCUGAAGAAUGAUAAGCAAGAGUUGAAAGAGGUUUUUCUAGGAGUUAUUCGCAACAUAAGAGAUGCUUUCGAUGAAAGUCGCUGUGACACGGUAGAAAAUUUUACCAAAAACAUCCACAAAAUUCCGCUAAAAACAAAACUGGCCAUCGAAUAUUGGCAACUGCAAGCCCUGGAAAUACUGGAAGCUAGUGGCUACUUUGGUGAUAAUUUUAUACUUCUUACGACAUCUGUACCGAUAAUUUGGGGAAAAUCCUAUCGCAACUAUUUGGCACACGAUUCCAUUUCGUACGAUCUACUGACUGGUUCGAGUUCGCUGAAAACUCUCGUAAACGGAUUCGUACUUGCGCGGCAUUCGGAUGAGUUGGAUAUUUUUGCGAAAAGCUCAAAGUUUGAUUUGAGUGACUUGAGUGAAGUGGAGCGCGAUGCUUGCCACUGGUUGACGGGUCAAAAAAAUUUACUCGACGCCACUCUGGAACGCAAUCAUUCGCUUUUUGCGGAGUGCUUGCAGGAAAGAGCCGAUUUCCACGGACGAUAUUUACGAUCACUCGGAUUUUGCGAGCAGCUGAACUUUUAUUUCAUUCCAGACAUAGCUGCUCAUGCAGGAUUUAAUGUAGACGAGUUCAAAACAGAUCUGGUUCAGCUGGAGAAAGACAACUCCCAGGAAAUUGAUAAUUUAUUUUCGUACAACAAACUGACAACUGAACUGAACAUGCGCCGAUUUGACAAAUCGUUCCCCGUUCGCAAAGCAAUAUCAGAAUUCAAAAUGCGUCAACCUCAGCUGGUCACUCCGUGUAUCGGUGCCUUGCUGCCACAUUUACAGGAGACUGGGCAGAAUGAUUUGAUGGUUGAGUUACUUCAGGAGUAUGCAGAAAAAGCUACCAAGAUGCUGCUUCUCAUCUGUGCCGAACGUACUCAUUCCACUGGAAACUUCAUGGAAAAAUGGACAUUCAUCCCUAUCCAUCCGAGCAGCAGUGCAUUAGAUCAACUGUUCUCCGCUGGUAAAUCUGUUUCGAAAGAAGUGCUAACCAAUGUCAUAACAGUAAAUGACAAUCAAAUUUUCGAAUAUAUCAUGCGAAAAUGCUACAACACCGAUCGUUCCACGCUUCUUGAGUCAGAUUCAUCAAUAGUACUGAUAACGUCCUGUAUGUUUGGCCGAUUGAAAAUGGUUCGCACCUUGUUAGAUUUAAAACCUGGACUGGAUAUUUCAGUUCUUAACACAGCACUGAACGCCAGUCGCGUACGGAUUGCCCAACUUUUGAUCGGUUGCGGAGCGAAUCCGUGGAGCAAUGAAAUGUCGCCAGUGCGCUCGGGCAUAACUGAACGUAACUUCAAAUUUAUUCGUAAGGUGCUUAACGAAUCAUUUCCGGAACAUUUUCACAAAGAAGUUGCUUGUUUGAGCGCACAGUUUGGUUCGGAACGUUUUAUACGUUUCGUAUUGACAACCGGAAUAGAUAUCUGGCAAUGCGGUGGGGUCCUCGAAGCUGCAUUGAAGAACAAACGUACUGAAAUAUUCGAUCUUCUAAGGGAAUUGAUCUUCAAACCAGUCGAGAGAUUCUGCGAGUCUGUAGCCCUGCACACUUGGAUGAGACUCGUGAACGAUUUGAAAAUUUUAGCGUAUUUAUUAACUGACCCGUAUUUCAUCGUAAGCUGUGUAAGUAAAAACCUGCAUUACACUAGUGAAAUACUAGAUCAGAUUUUCAGGCUUUUAACGCUAUAUGAAAACUCUCAUGCUGUGAAUUGUUUAGUCGCUGACAGUGCCGGGAGUGUGGAAAUUGAUUUACAAAAUCUUUUAUCAAACCAAGAGUUGGCAGCAACAAUCAUCCAGAAAUGUUCCUCGAUACAAAAAUUUUUCGUCGAUUGUUCCCUGAACUUGCUGCAAGAUAAAAGAAAUUUCACUUCCACAAAGACACUUCCCCUAUUGCUAGGGAUCUCAGCGGCACACAUUUGAUAGGAAAAGUUUAUGAAAUAACCAGUAGCUAUUUGACGCAAUCAAACCUUCCACCGGAUGCCAUAGCUAUACUUUUCAUUGAAACGCCACAAAACCAUUUUCAAUAUCUACAAGCUGGCUCCAGCAC